AUGAGAAAUAAAAAAGACCUUCACAUAGCGGGGUGUCUCGGUGAUUUAGAUAGUAAGACAGAAAUACCAGAUAGAUUAAAGAAUUUGGAUGUAAUAUCGCUAAAUAAAAAAGCUGAAUUGUUGUUUGAAAAAGCCAUGACUGCAAAUAAUGAAAAUGAUGAAGAAGUUGUAUACAUUUAUUUAAUGAAAUAUUGUCAAAUUCUACAAGUUAUGAAAAAAACUUUUACAAAUGAUAAAAAGUAUAUUGAUCUUAUGUACAAAGAUAAUUUAAAAAAAGCUAUAAAAAUGCUGACUUAUAUUAAAGAAAGUUUGGAAAGAAGGUAUAAUGAAAAAACAAAAGAAGAAGAUAAUAAUAAAUUAAUUAAACGUUCUAGUCAAAACAGAAAGCGUUUUGAAGAAAAAUUAAAUUUUGAGUUUGAAAGUACAAUAACUAAUGAAAACUUAUUAUAUCUGUUGGACAAUACAGAUAAAAAAAAGAUUUGUUUGCUUGACACAAGACCAUCAGAUAUCUUUAAUAAUAAUAAAAUUAUUUCUUGUGAUGUAAUUAACAUACCAAAAGAAAACUUAGUUCUAGGUUUAACACCUACCAUUAUAACAAGCAAAUUAGAAGAUCAAUUUAAGGAAAUAUGGGCGAAUAGACACAAUUAUAAUUAUAUUGUUAUAUUAGAUCAAGGGACAGAAGAUAUAGAUGAUGAUCAAAGAUUGCUUAAUCUCAAAAAUGCCUUACUUAAAUGGGAUCCAAAUUAUGACAAUAGCAAAAAAGUAAAGUUCCUCAGAGGAGGUUAUGAAGAUUUUAAUCACUUAUGUCCAUGGAAAACUACUCAAAAUAAUAUAUUAAAAUCAAAUAAAGAUAUUGAACCUCUUUCGGAUAUAGAAUUAGAUCCAGAACCUGAAUAUGAAGAACAUGAAAAUAAGCAGAUUCAAUAUCCAUCUUUAGGUACUGUACAGAAUGAUUUGGCCAGAUUAAAAUUUAAUUCAACUUUUCAUAAUGGUUUAACAACAGAUAUUAAAUCAAAAUUGGAUCAUAGAGAAAAUUAUUCCAGUGAAGAAGAUAUAGAUUCUCAGGAAUUAACCCAUACUCCAAUUAACAAACCACAAUUACCCAUUUUCGAUAGAUCUACAAAGCCGAGUGUGAAAAUUAAUCAAUUUAUGAACCCAGAAAUCAUUAAGCCAUUGUAUAAAAAUAAUGACGAAUUAGAUGAUGAAAAUAAUGAAUUACCAAAUAAUAUUGAACAACUAGAAAAUAGAAGAUUAUCACUAGAAAAUAGCUUUUUGGAAAAUGUUGAUUCUUAUGUACGCGAAUACAAAAAUCAAGACACAGAUUUAAAUUCAAUUCCACGUGUAGACCGUUCUACCAAACCAUCCGAUGAUCUACUAAUAGUUUCUAGAACAAAAAUCAUUGGAGGAGAUGGAUUACGAGGAUUACAAAAUUUAGGAAACACAUGUUAUAUGAAUUCAAUACUGCAAUGUUUAAGUAGCACUGAAGAUCUUGUAAAAUAUUUCAUAAACAUUUAUAGUAAUUUCACAAAUUAUAAAAGUAGAACAAAAGGUUUAGUAGCCAAAGAAUUCAGUAAUGUCAUUAAAAACUUGUGGUCACAAUCUGGCAGGGGGUAUCAGAGUCAACAAUUUAAGGAUACAAUCGGAGAAUAUAAAGAUAUGUUCAAACACUAUGAUCAACAAGAUUCUCAUGAGUUUUUAACCAUUCUCUUGGAUUGGCUUCACGAUGAUUUAAAUCAACCGGAGGACAAUAGGGUUAUUUUAGGUGCUUCAAAAGAAACAGGCGAAGAAGAUUGGGGAAAUUGGACUAAAGCAAACAAUUCUAUUAUCCAACAACUUUUUUAUGGUCAACAAAAAUCAACAGUUUCUUGUGACACAUGUUUUGAAAAGUCUGUUACUUUUGAACCAUUUUUAAGUCUUAGUCUACCAUUGCCAUCUGAGGGUAACAAAUGUACUCUUUCAGAUUGCCUUCAGUUAUACUUGAAUGGUGAAUCAAUAUGUGGUUGGCAUUGUCCAAAAUGUAAACGAAGCAGAGAUGCUACAAAAAAAUUAGACAUAAUGAGACUUCCUCCAUAUUUAAUCAUACAUUUGAAAAGAUUUUCAAGCAAUGGUUACAAAAAGAAUUCAAAUGUUGAAUUCCCCAAAAUGAAUCUUGAUAUGUCAAAUUUUAUUAAUGGUUUAGAACACCGUAAUUGGAAGUACUGUUUAUAUGGUGUAUCAAAUCAUUCUGGAUCACUUGAUGGUGGACAUUACACGGCUAGUUGCCUUAAAAAUUCAAUAAACAAAUGGUAUAAGUUUGAUGACGUCCGGGUGUACGAAAUCGAUUCUUCAACAAUUUGUUCUCCAGAAGCUUAUAUUUUAUUUUAUCGUCGGAAAAAUUAA